AUGGAGCCUCCAAGGCAGCCAACUGCACGACGUUAUCCUUCAAUCGCUGCUGUAUCCGUUCACCCGGGCAUCAUUCUCACGGAACUUUACAGUCCUUCGAGCGAGCGCUCUACGAUCGCUGCCCUGGGUUCGAAGAUUGUAAGCCUUUUUGGAACCCCAGUCCCUGCAGGAGCUUAUAACCAGCUAUGGGCCGCCGCGGGUGCGAAGAAGCAUCAUCUUGUCAAUGGAGCGUAUUAUGUCCCAGUGGGAAACUUCAAGGCCCACAAUAAAUACGCCCAAAGCGAAGAGCAAGGGCGAUGUCUGUGGGACUGGACCGAGGCUGAGCUACGCAAGUUUGGAGCUUUUACUUGA